AUGGCUGUGUCCAAUUACAAAGGUCAGAUUCCAUUUCGUGUCAAAGGUCAAACCAGCUGUAUUCACCACAAGGGGACAUGUCUGGACGUUUACUGUGAAGAAUGUAAAGAACUUGCUUGUAUGAAGUGUCUAUCUACUGUACAUCAGAGUCAUACAGUGUGUGAUCUUAGGGAAAUGACACUCCAAAAGAAACAAGACAUUCAAAGCUUCGUAAACAAAACUGAGAAAGUGGACCUUGUACAAAUCGACCAGUACAUCACUUCUACUGAUAAACAUCUAAAGGACAACACCAGUAACAUUGAAAAACUUUCGCACCAGUUGAAGACACAAACAAACAAAUUAAAACAUGACCUUGACCUGUUAACAGUUCAGACUCUGUCUCUCUAUCAACAAAUGGAGGAGGAUAACACCAAGCUACUACAAACAUACAAACAGGACCUGGAAAUGUACAGUACUCAGUUAAAACACCAAGUACAGGAAUGUAAGAUAGCACUUCAGCGUGGCUCUGACAUACAAGUCUACGACACAGGACAUGAGAUUCAAUCUUCUGCCACUCUCCCUGUAAAACCUACCCUGUGUACUGCUAGCUUCAGUCCGAACCAAAAUCCUCAGGGUCACCUGGAACAAGCUUUUGGAGAAGUUAACACCUCAGAUCAAUGUCAGGGUCAGGGCUUACUUGGAUCAUCCACUGGACAAAGACUUCCCUCUACACAACACAGAUCAAAAGGGGAAAAAGAAUUGACCAGUCCAGUGUAUAUUCUGUUGCCUCAGACCAAGGUGUUGGGGGAGUUGAUUUCUCCAUGUGACAUUACUUCUGUAUGUCCCACCACUGAUGGUCAGGUGUGGACCAGUUACUUUUACAGUAACACCUUAACUCUCCUGGACAGGAAGGGACAAGUUAUUCAGGAGGUUACACACCAUGCUGAGAUCAUAGACAUAAGUCUGUCACCCACAACCAACACACUGUGGGUCUGUGACAAGGAAAACAACAUCACAGAGCUCGUGUCAGGAGGACUAGUACACAUAUUCAGUACCAGGAAGACACCACAGUGUAUCUGUAUUACAGCUAGUAACCAUGUCAUUGUGGGGAUGGCAAAACACCUCUCAAAACUUACCACAAAAGGUAAAUUGGUAUGUACUACACCAGCUACAGGGACUGGGAAACCAUUAGUGUGUAGACCAUACAGGAUCUCAGAGUGUCCUGUCACUCACAAUGUCGCAGUGGUUGACUUUGAUAAUAAAAAUCAAGGUGGUGAAGGGAAACCACGUGUUGUUGUCAUGGAUACAGAUUUCAAGGAACUAUUUGUGUAUGAUGGUGAAGUCCUCCAUACAUAUCAACCACCAUCACAGUCAGAAGGUGAAAGGUUUAACCCAUAUGGUGUGGUGUAUGACAGUGUGGGUAACCUUGUCAUCGGGGACUUUAACAACAAGAGUGUCGUACUCAGCAGUGGGUGUGGUGAGUUCCUCAGGAUCUUACACAAAGAUGGUUACUGUGCCUAUGCUAUUGGAGUAGACAAGAAGGAUGUCCUGUGGGUUGUGUUUGGGGUUAACAAAGUGAAACUCCUACAGUACAGCAGUGUGUGA